UUAUUGAUCUAAUGUAUGUAGUCUUAUCUUGCAUUUUUAUAAGAUGCUGAUUUCACAGCUCGAACAUUUGACCGCAAAGUCACAUGACAACAACACGUUGCGCCAAGGAUCAUCCUAUGAUCCAUAUAUACAUUACAAAAAAGUAAAAAAGAAAAAGAAAAUAGAAGGAGCCUUAUUGACUAUGACUUCUCUCAUUUCAUAUCACAGGGUCACCCUGCCUAUUAUAUUAAUUCAAAUCCUAUCAUCUGCAAGUUCAUUUUCCUUCCUUCAUAUCUCUCAAAUUCUCUCUAUCACAGCCCCUCCUACAUUCAACUGUGGUUCAGUGCCACCUUUGUUGACAUUUCUCAUAGGAAUAAACAAACUUUGUGUCAAUUGAAAAGGUUCACCCCUCAAUAUUAUAGGCAAGGGGGAAAAGUACUAAUGGGAAGACACUCAUGCUGCUACAAGCAGAAGCUUAGGAAGGGUCUGUGGUCACCAGAGGAAGAUGAGAAACUUCUGAGGCAUAUUACGAAGUAUGGCCAUGGAUGUUGGAGUUCUGUGCCUAAGCAAGCAGGUUUGCAGAGGUGUGGUAAGAGCUGCAGGCUUAGGUGGAUCAAUUACUUAAGGCCUGAUUUAAAAAGAGGAACAUUCUCACAAGAAGAAGAAAAUCUUAUAAUUGAACUUCAUGCAGUACUAGGGAACAGAUGGUCUCAAAUUGCGGCGCAAUUGCCGGGAAGGACCGACAAUGAAAUAAAGAAUCUUUGGAACUCUUGCCUGAAGAAGAAGCUGAGGCAACAAGGUAUAGACCCUGUCACUCAUAAACCUUUACCACAGGGUGAGAAUGGAGAGGAAAUUCAAAAUGUUAGGAGCCAAGAGAAAGCACCUCAACAAUUAUCCAAUGAACUGAAUUUGAACCUAUUGAAAUCAGAGAGUUCAAAAUCAGAUGCAGCUUCUUAUGAGCAAAGAACAUCUUCAAUUUCCCCAAAGGCCUAUGCACCUGAGAAUAUGGAAGGUUCUUGCAGCAAAGACAUGUUCCUAGACAGGUUCAUGAGUACUCAGCCCUCAGAUUUGAUGGGGAAUUUUCCUCUUCAGAUGAGUUAUUCAAACACUGAUUGUCUUCCAACCGAUUCAAACACUAGUCAUUGGUUCAGCCAAAGGCCUUUUGACAUGAACUCUGAAUUUCCUUUGAAUGCAACUUCUCUUCUUACACCUACAACAAGCUUGUUUCUUCCUAGUUCUUUAUGCUACAAGCCACUUUCUGUUGUUCCCUCUGACAAUAUUUCUGGAUCCCAUUACUGGGAAGCCAGUGCCUCCAAUAAUAGCAAUAGCAGCAAUAGAAGUAAUAGCAGCACAGAAUUGAGAAACAGCAACCACUUAAACUUUCAGAAUAGUGCUCUUUCUUCUUGGGGAUUGGCAGAUUGUGGUGCCUCUACUAAAGAGUCCCAAAUUCAUAUGAUGGAAAACUUAAACCACUCAGCAGAAGCUAAUAAAUGGGAUGAGUACCUUCACAAUCCAAUGUUAAUGAUGGGUUCUGUGCAAAAUGAAGCUCCUGAAUCUUUGUGCAAUGAGAUAAAGCCUCCCAUGCAUUUGGUGCCUGAUACUUUAGGUUCCAUUUUGCAGCAGCAAGAACCUUCCCAAACAUCUAAUAUCUUUUCCAAGGAUAUUCAGAAGCUCAGAGCAGCAUUUGGACACAUGUAGCAUGAUUUGAGGAAAGCAAGGAAGAUUUUAGAGGGAUUGCUAUUCUUAGUACAGGUGUGUGAAACCACAGAUUUUUUUCUCUUGUAUAUAGGUCAGAGUCUGAUACAAAACAUUUGUUUUUCACUCUUUUCUCUUUGCUGAUUCUGGUGAGCCAAACCAUUUGUUUUUUUACCUUCUUCUUUUUCUUAUUGGGUGUGGGGUAGAAUUGCAGAAUAAGGAUUGCUCUGCUGUCUUCUUUUUACUCUUUCUUUCUUUGCUAUACUGUAACCUCAAUGGUGAAUUUCUAUAUCCAAGCCAUCACAAUUGUUUAUUGGUUCA